AUGAUUACUCCUGUGGUAGAUGCGUUUAAAUAUUUGACGCAGCUUGAGUAUGAUAUCUUGGAAUACGUGGUGAUUGAACGUUUGGCAUUAGCUGGCCGUGAUAAGCUAAAAGAUGAUGGCCUUAAUCUAUCGGACUGGCUUCAGUCGUUGGCAUCCUUUUGGGGGCACUUGUGUAAAAAGUAUCCGUCCAUGGAACUCAGAGGCCUUUUUCAGUAUCUAAUUAAUCAAUUGAAACGGGGAAAUGGGAUUGAGCUUGUUCUUCUACAGGAGCUUAUACAGCAAAUGGCUAAUGUUCAAUAUACUGAGAACAUGACUGAGGAUCAGUUGGAUGCCAUGGCUGGAAGUGACACUCUUCGGUACCAGGCGACAGCUUUUGGAGUCACCAGGAAUAACAAGGCAUUACUCAAGUCUACUAAUAGAUUGAGAGAUGCAUUGCUUCCAAGGGAAGACCCGAAACUGGCUGUUCCUCUGUUGCUACUUGUCGCCCAACAUAGAUCCACGGUUGUCAUAAAUGCCAAUGUGCCUCAUAUUAAAAUGGUCAGUGAGCAGUUUGAUAGGUGCCAUGGAACCCUUUUACAGUAUGUGGAAUUUCUGUCAAGUUCUGUGACUCCUGCAUCAUCUUAUGCUCUUCUGAUUCCCCCUCUUGAUGAGCUUGUGCACCAGUACCAUCUUGAUCCAGAGGUGGCCUUUUUAAUUUAUCGCCCUGUGAUGAGGCUGUUCAGGUAUCAGAACCACUUGGAAUCUUUCUGGCCACUGGAUUGCAAUGAAGUAGAUAAUGGUAGCUCCGGUAAUGAGGAGUCUGGAACUGUUGAGUCUUCUUCGACAUUGGUUCUGGAUCUUGGUUCCUCUCGCAAGCCUACUUCCUGGUCUGAUCUUCUUGACACGAUUAGGACCAUGUUACCUUCCAGAGCUUGGAAUAGCUUAUCUCCUGACCUUUAUGCGGCUUUCUGGGGUCUCACACUCUAUGAUCUUCACGUCCCUAGAAACCGUUAUGAGUCUGAAAUUGCUAAGCAGCAUGCAGCUUUGAAAGCUCUGGAAGAACUUUCUGACAAUUCUAGUUCUGCAAUCACAAAGCGAAAAAAAGAUAAAGAAAGAAUCCAGGAGUCUUUAGAUCGCUUAACAGCAGAAUUGCAGAAGCAUGAAGAUCAUGUUGCAUCUGUUCGUAGGCAUCUAGCACGAGAAAAGGAUAGGUGGCUGAGUUCUUGCCCAGAUACCUUGAAGAUAAACAUAGAGUUUCUUCAGCGCUGUAUAUUUCCCCGUUGUACAUUUAGUAUGCCUGAUGCUGUCUAUUGUUCCAUGUUUGUAAAUACUCUACAUUCGCUCAGAACACCAUUUUUUAACACUGUUAAUCAUAUGGACGUUCUGAUAUGUAAAACAUUACAACCAAUGAUUUGUUGCUGCACCGAGUAUGAAGUUGGUCGGCUAGGGAAGUUUCUAUUUGAGACAUUGAAAACAGCCUAUUACUGGAAGAGUGAUGAACAAAUAUAUGAACGUGAGUGUGGAAAUAUGCCGGGAUUUGCUGUCUAUUACAGAUAUCCAGAGAGUCAACGUGUUAAGUACGGCCAAUUUAUCAAGGUACACUAUAAAUGGAGUCAGAGGAUUACAAAAAUACUGAUCCAGUGCUUGGAAUCGGCGGAGUACAUGGAAAUUCGAAAUGCUCUUAUUUUGUUGACCAAAAUCUCAAGCGUCUUCCCUGUGACGAAAAAAAGUGGAAUUCUCCUUGAGAAACGGGUGGCUAAAAUCAGAAGCGAUGAAAGAGAGGAUCUUAAAGUGCUUGCCACUGGUGUUGGUGCUGCUUUAGCAGCUAGAAAGCCGUCAUGGGUCACAGAUGAGGAAUUCAGCAUGGGUUUUGAUUUGAAACCCACUACAGUUUCUGCCACAAAAUCUAUGGGCGGAAAUUCUCUUUCUGUACAAAAUGGUACGGGUACUAAUGUUUUGCUGGGUGAAUCUGCUGGAGGACGAACAGGGGUUCCACAUUCUGAUUCUAAUAAUUCCAACAAAGACCUUAGAGCAAGAUCUGAGAGUGCUACUGUGAAAUCCGAGCUGGGAUCUGCAAAAACAAAAAGUGGAUCAUUAGUUAACGGCUCUGAACUUCAAUCAUUACCAUCAGUGUCUGUUCCUUCUGGUACAUUGAGGUCAGCAGAAAAUUCAAGACAAAUCAAUGAAUCUGUGAAUAGGUCUGCUGAAGAUAACACAAAAAUGGCUGGAAAAGUAACUGCUGAUUCUGAGGGGAGAGCUUCAGUUAAACGGUCUGCCAAUCCUGGGCCUCUCUUGAAACAAUCAAAGCAGGAUGCUUCCAAGGAUGAUAGUAAAUCCAUGAAACAUGCAGGCAGAACUUCAAAUCUUUCGGGUGAUAAAGAUCUUUCACUGCAUUUGCCAGAGGCGAAGCACAGUGGGGCCACUUCUACGGUUCCUAGUAGUAGUAACAUGGUUUCUGCUUCAAGUCGAGGGACUACAUCAACAAGGUCAGCAGACUACGCUGUGGAACCUAAGACCGAGAUAGCUGAUGCUAAGUCAUCUGAUUUGAGAGCUUCCACUGUGAAAGAUGAUCUGUCUGAUACUUCAGAUGUGAAAUCUUCUAGGUCUAUUCAUUCUCCCAGACGAGAAAGUACUGUCACUACCCCAAAAUCUAGUGAUAAACCUCAAAAGAGAGCCAGUCCUGCAGAAGAGGUCGAUAGAGUCAACAAGCGUCGGAAAGCAGAUACUGAUUUGAGGGAACCAGAGGGCAGCGAAAUUCGAGUUACUGAAAGAGAGAGGUUAAGUGAUACCCGAGCAACCGAUAGGAUGCACUUGCUGGAUCUAGACAAAGCAGGAAAUGAUGAGCAGAUGACAAAUCGGUCCAUUGGUAAGUCUGUUGAUCGGUUGAAGGACAAAAGCAGUGAAAGGUAUGAUAGGGACAACCGGGAGCGUUUGGAGCGUUCAGAGAAGCCCCGCGGAGAUGACGCUACAUCUGAUAAAAGAGAUAGAUUAACUGGAUAUGGACGGGAACGGUCUGUUGAAAGAGGUCAAGAUAGAGUUGUUUCUGAUAGGAUUUCUGAUAGAUUGACUAAAGAUGAUAGAAGCAAAUCAAGAUAUGGUGAAUCAUCUGUAGAUAAAACUUACACAGAAGAUCGCUUUCAUGGGCAAAGCUUACCCCCACCUCCACCUCUGCCUCCUCAUGUGGUUCCCCAGUCACUCAAUGCAAACAGACGAGAGGAUGAUUCUGAUAGACGGUUUGGAACUGUCAGGCAUGCUCAGAGACUUUCUCCAAGGCAUGAUGACAGAGAGCGGAGGCGGUCAGAAGAGACUGUAUUAGCUAUGCAGGAUGAUGGAAAGCGUAGAAGGGAAGAUGAAGGUCGAGAUAGGAAAAGAGAAGAACGAGAUACUGCCAUGACGAAGGUGGAUGAGCGGGAUCGGGAGAGAGAGAGAGAUAGGGAGAGGGAAAAAUUUCUUCUGAAGGAGGAUGCUGAUUCAAAUGCUGCAUCUAAAAGACGAAAACUGAAAAGGGAUCAGGUGUCUACGGAGCCUGGCGAAUAUUCUCCAGCUGGACCACCCCCACCUCCCCCAUCAACGAACUUAUCACAAACCUAUGAUGGAAGGGAUAGGGGAGAUCGCAAGGGGGCUUUGGGUCAGCGUCCAGUAUACAUGGAGGAUCCAGGUUUACGGAAUCAUAGCAAAGAUGCAGCUACAAAGACAGCACAUCGUGAUAAUGACUCGAUGCAUGACAGGGAUUGGGAUGAUGACAAAAGACUGCGAGCUGAACAAAAAAGGCGACACAGGAAGUAA